AUGCCUUUCAACACAGCCUUGACCCGCAAGUUGGGCAUUCGGGUUCCUAUAGUGCAGGGUGGGAUGCAAUGGGUGGGAUAUGCUGAAUUGGCCUCGGCCGUAAGCAACGCUGGUGGUCUGGGUCUCCUCACUGCCCUCACCCAACCGACCCCUGAGGACUUGCGCAAGGAAAUCCGACGAUGCCGCACCAUGACCAAAUAUCCCUUCGGCGUCAACCUCACCCUUCUCCCAGCGAUCGUGCCCCCAGAUUAUGCCGCCUAUGCCCAGGUGAUCAUUGAUGAAGGGAUUAACAUCGUCGAAACCGCCGGCAAUAAUCCAGGACCCGUUAUUGAGCAGCUCAAGAAGACCGGCACUAUCAUCCUACACAAGUGUACCACGGUUCGCCAUGCUAAGUCAGCCAUCAAGCUUGGUGUCGACUUCCUGUCAAUUGAUGGUUUUGAAUGUGCUGGUCACGUCGGUGAGCACGACAUCACCAACUUUAUCCUAUUAAGCCGUGCACGCCAGGAACUCAGUGUGCCGUUUAUCGCUUCUGGUGGAUUUGCUGAUGGUCAAGGUCUUGCCGCAGCUCUAGCUCUAGGCGCGGAGGGUAUUAAUAUGGGUACCCGGUUUAUGAGUACUGUUGAGGCCCCAAUCCACCAGAAAAUCAAGGAGGCUAUUGUUAAUGCACAGGAGACUGAUACCGCUCUCGUGCUUCGUCGGUGGACAAAUACCACCCGUCUGUUCGCCAACAAGGUCACAAAGGAUGCAUUGAAGGUCGAGCGUGAGAGUAAAACCGGAGAUUUUAGCGAGAUCGGUCCCUAUGUCAGCGGUCAGCGCGGUCGUCAGGUCUUUCUAAAUGGUGAUCCUGACUAUGGUGUCUGGACUGCUGGUCAAGUGAUUGGAUUGAUACAUGAUAUUCCGACUUGUGCUGCACUGCUUGAGCGCAUAGAGAAGGAGGCACUGGAAUCCAUGAACCGAAUAAGCAAGCUAUACACGGCUAAGCUAUAG